AAACUUCAUUCAUAGAACACGAGGGGAGGGAGACGAGGGGCAUCCAUAAAUCGGGCACCAGAUGUCGGACCGGUCCGGGUCGGGCCUGACUCGACCGGAGGUUCGUUAGCAGCUGAACCCAUGGAUAUAUCUCUCUCUCUCGAGCAAUCCGAGAUCCAAAUUCCGGAAAACCAAGCCAGGAUGCAUUUGGUUCGCAAACUGAGCCUGGCGCAGACUCCUCCGCCACUUCUUCAGCUGCUGCGCUUCUACUGCGCCAUCCCUCCUCCUCAGUCCAAUUCCAAACUAUUCGUUGCAGGUCUUUCAUGGUCGGUGGAUGAGAAGUCGUUAAAAGAUGCUUUCUCUUCUUUUGGUGAGGUCACUGAAGUUAGGAUAAUGUAUGACAAGAACACUGGAAGGGCAAGAGGCUUUGGGUUUGUCAAUUUUUCCACGGAACAUGAAGCUAAAUGUGCCAAAGAUGCCAUGGAUGGAAAGGCAUUAUUAGGCCGACCUUUGAGGAUAAGCUUUGCUCUCGAAAAGGUUCGUGGUGGACCAGUAGUAGUUCCUCGGGUUUCCAUGGCAAAUGAGUCCACUAAUUAGAAAAUGUUGACUCUACAGUCAGCAAAACAUUUUUGCUGCUUUGGUAUUCUCCUCAUAUAUAGCUUGCAAGGAGAAAUAUGAAGUCAAGCAAUGGUUUGGACGGCCAAUAUCACUACAAUGGUUGUAAAAUUCUUAUCCAUAACAGUGAAAGACAUUUCUGAGUGACUUUUUGUCAUAAAAGAGAGUUGACUCAAUUUCUGCUUUUCUUAUUUCAACUAA